UCCAGCAUGGCUCGAAAAUGCCUUAGAUUGGUUGGUUUUUGCCGUCUGGCUGCGUUGAUCCGGCGCUCUGCGAAACAGGGCGAGGGGGGAGCUGUCCUUAAUUUCGCCCCCUUUUUCAUGCCAAAAGUAGGCUCGGUUACAGCCGGAACGGCCUGCGAUUAACGGCCAGCUCCUUCAUCUAAUUUGCGUAUAAAGGCGAGCUCGGCCGGCCAUUCCCCUUGUCGGAGCUCCAAUUCUUGAUCGCUUCUUGCAUCUUCGCCGAGCUCCGGCCAUUCCCCCCUGCUCCAUGUCCAAGCCCACUCUGUUCUUCGGAGAUCGGCGGCGUUCUCGUCGCGUUCCGCUGUUGUGAGCAGGACACGGCGCGCGGCGAGCGGAUCGGAGUAGCCACGACCUUAACCUCGGAGGACACCCAUGGCGCCCCCGGAGGGCACCCAUGGCACCUGCAGCCGCGGUGGCGGGGGCGAAGAGCCCAUGCAACACGAGCGCAAGCUCUCCUCCUACUCCUUCUCGUCGCCCGCCUUGUCGCCGUCGCCCUCGUCCGCGUCGUUGUCCACCAUCUACCUGCCGGCGUCCAACAAGUCGUCGUGCGAGAGCAUCCCCUACGUCAGCCCCGAGCUCGUCAAGCAGCCGUCCUCCUCCGCGUCGUCCCACGAGAGCUUCUUCCACAUCGAGGCGGUCGACCUCGGUCCCAGCGGUCCAGACCACGACUGUUCUAAGUUCCUGGACUUCGAGCCCGCGACGCAGGCGCCGGCGGUCCAGACCAUGAUGGCGCAGGGGCAGCAGGCUGCGGGCGGCGGCGUCUCGGUGUCCGAACCGAAGAGGCUCCCGUCUUCGAUGUUCCGCACGCGGUCGACGAGCCCCGCCGAGUGGAGCGUCACCUCCAACGACUCGCUGUUCAGCAUCCAGCUCAGCCACUCCGGCGACCUCGGCGCGCUCUACGCCGACCUCUACUACGACGCUGCGGGGUUCCCCCGCUUCCCCUCCAUGGGGAGCGACGCGGCUCUAAAGUUGCCGUCUUUCUCCGAGGCGUCCGGCGGGGGCCUGUGCGUGAGGGAGGACUGCGCCAGGUGCAGCGGCAGCGGAAAGACCAGGAAGUCCGUCAGGUUCGCCGCCACCGAGAGCGUCUCCGUCGAGGGCAAGCACUCCGCCGUCUUCCCGACGAUUGUGGAUGCGCGGGAGGAGGCGGAGGCGCCGGGGUCGGCUACCAAGGAGAUCGGAGCAGCGCCUGGCUGGUGCGAGUUCGGGUGCUGUUGGCCGUCACCACCGACGGUGUGGUGGCCUCGCUGCUGCGCAUGGCAAUGCUGCGACUGCCGAUGCUAAUGGUGGCUAUGAAUUUGGCGGGAAAGGACAGCGCGCGUAAUCUACAUUGAAAUGAACUCUUCGUUGCUUUUUGUUGGAAGGAAGGGUGUGUA